AUGAGAUGGCGCACUCACUUCCCGAGCAGGAAUCGAAGCCUUUCCUUUCGGUCUAAGAAAGACUCGGCGCCCGGCCGCUACCGGUUCAGCAUUGGCACGUUCCGAGGACUGCAGCAGCCCGAGCUGAGUCGCAAGCUCUUCAAACUGAUCAAGGCAGAGAACACGGCCAUCGGUGCGUACGAGUCUGCGGGCCGGGAGCGUGUCUCGAUCGCCUCGCAGCUGUCCGACUGGGGCGAGUCGACGGAAGAUGAGGCCGUCUCCGACAUUUCCGACAAGCUGGGCGUGUUGUUGGCGGAGAUCGGCGAGCAGGAGGAUCUCUUCGCGCAGAGCCUCGAGGACUACCGCGGCCUACUGAAGCAGAUCCGCAACACCGAGACCUCGGUCCAGCCGACCCGGGACCAGCGUGCAAAAAUCACUGACGAGAUCCAGAAGCUCAAGUACAAGGAGCCUACAAGCACCAAACUAGUGACGCUCGAGCAGGAACUCGUUAGAGCCGAGGCCCAGAACUUGGUUGCGGAAGCGCAGUUGACUAAUGUGACAAGAUCGAAACUCAAGGAGGCCUUUGACAUCCACACCGCUGCUGUCAUCGAACGAGCAGAGAAACAGAUCAUUCUAGCCCGUCAUGCUCGUCGCCUGCUAAACUUUCUCGAUGACAGCCCGAUUGUCCCUGGUGAUCCGCGCCUUGCGUACGAACAUUCGGCCGAGGCCAAACAGGUGCUCGAAGACGCCGAGAUCGAUCUCCGUUCGUGGGAAAGAACCGUAGAGCCCAUCUCUUCUGGCGCUGCAGCCACCAAAGAAACUCCCGAUGGCAUCCUCGCUACUGCUGCAGAAGAAUCGGACGCUGGAGGGGCAGAGAUCGUGGGCGAGGGACCAGGCAGAGAACCCAGAGACAUAUCCCCAAUAGGAGAAGACGCGCCCAGCAUCAAACAGGAGAAGGAGGCUAUCGCACCUGAAGCUUCCGGUGCCCUGCAGGCUGAAAGCCAGGCGUGA